ACCCGGGUUCUUUCGUGGGGAAAGCUAGGACAAAUCUCACUUCAAAUUAAGGUGUUUGUAAUGAUUAUCAACACGAUUCUUACUACUUGAACUAUUUUCAUUGGUAGAUUGUUUUUCAUUUUAGUUUUAGUGGAUUCUUAUUUCUUAAGACUGUAAUUUUAUAUUACUCAUUAGUGAUUCAAUUCCUAUUAUCAUUUCAAUUUGAAUCCUGAUUCUAGUGCUCGUAUGUGAAAUUAUCAUUUAUCAGUGUCAUGAUUUUGCAAUUGAGGGAAAUUCAUUGUCUAUCAUUAGGGGCCAAAGGUAGCAAUCAUGCUGUCCCUCCGCACAAACAGGCCAGCCUGUAUUUACUCACCAUUUGUAUCCCUUUAUUCACCUUCCACAUGGCAAUGGGUCCCCAUUUUAGAACACUGGCCAUAUCCUUAUUUUUCUAUUACCUUCAUCAUGAUUCAUGACCUCCAUUAUGGAACAAAUCCAUUCUCACUCUGCUCUUCUGCUGCACUUUCUUCAAGAACAUAGAUAAUUUGUAUUAUCUUCAUUUGAUCAUCAUCAUUUUAGAUGGCCUGCUUUUUGUUUUUCACAGCUUUCAUAAUGGUUCUCAUGAUCUCACCAGCAUUAUGCUUUUCCAUUUCACUACUAAAGUUUGACACUCCUGCUGUAGUAGUAUUACCAGAUCAUCCGUUAUCUCCUUUUAAAGGGGGUAGUGUUCCUAGUCCAGAUAUUUCUCCUCUCCUUCCUUCUCCAUUUGGAUCUUCUUCUUCUUCAUCAAUCAUCCCUUCAAACCCUAGCCCACCAAAUCCUGAUGAAGUAGUAAACAUUUUUGCUCCUGAUUCUUCAUUUUCUCCGGCUGGGGCUCCACUGUCUUCGUCUUCUUCAUUGCUGUAUUGUUCGGAUAUGGUCUCUUUGCUAGUUGUGACUACAAUACUAUUUGUUUUGGUAGUUUGAGUAAAUUGUUAUAAUUUUUUCUCCCCAGUUACUAGGUUUCUAUCCAUGUUUUUGAGUCAUCCACUUGAGAUGGAUUUUGUUUAUGCUGUUUUGUAUCAUAUAUUGUUUAUGUUUUUGAAUAAGGUCUUUCUUGACUUUGGAACAA